AUGGCUCGUCCUGGUCGCGGCCGGCCAACGCACCCUCCAAGCAACCGAGGCAAUGGCACGACUCCCAAUGCCACCAGUACUGCCACCACGUCACAAGCACAAGCACAAAUACCAAGCGCAGAAGCGAUCGCCGCUGCUGCAGGCGUUUAUCGAGCUGGUCUUCUUGCUUCAAUCGAUGCUACUGUUGUUGCUGAUGCUGGUGAUGAAACGCACUCGACGGACGAUGACGAUGACGGCGACGACGACGACGACGACUAUGAAGACGAAGACGAAGGCCGCCCCGUGAUCAACUAUGGGUACGACGACGAGGAGGACUAUGAAACCGACGAGGAUGACGAGGACGAGGACGACGACGACGACCAUCACCACCACCACGACUACGACGACGACGAGGACUAUGAAACCGACGAAGACGACGACGACGAGGACUAUGAAACCGACGACGAAGACGACAACACCUCCGUGCGCCGGCCAGUCAACACUCAAGAGAGAACGACGCAGCAGUUCCUCGCGCAGGUGCAACGCCUAUUCCAAGACCACCCUCCCAUCACCGACGAGGAGGAUCAGCACGUUCACAAUGAGGCUGAUGUGACCCACUGGAGGAUGUUGGCAAUGGUGCUCGGUGUCGGGCCCCUCUCCGCGCACGGGACGGAUGCUACCAUGCUCGUAGCAGCCAAGGCCAUCGUCGGCUCGUUGCUCUACCCAUGCGAUGCAUCCCGGGUGGGCCCGCCCGGACUGCGGUUGCAGAGUCGUAUUCAUGUGGACCACAGUCAUCAUGGUCAUCAUGAUGAUCCUUUGGACCCAGCUGGCACCGUUAUCGACGACGACGAUGAUAUGGACGAGAUGAGCGACGCGGGCGAUGACCGCGACAAUGAUGGUUCGGACGGGAUGAGCGACGCAGACGACCACGACGACCACGACGACCACGACCACGACCACGACCACGACGACGACCACGACCAUCCCUCCGCGACUCGCAUUCCGUCGGCUUGGGCGUCGCUCGAGUACGAAAGCAGCGCAAUUCAUGCUCCUCACCACGAGUUCCCGACCACGUUGAGCGCACACGAGCUGUCCGACUUUGACACGUUUCCGCGAUUGACCGACUACCACAUGGAUGCCCAAGAGCUCGAAACUGACAUAUUCUUGCCACAGCUGGCGCUGCAGCCUCCCUCAUACCAAGCCUUGCAGUACGACAGCACCCGCCUUGAGGUCCGUGAUGUCCAUGGUGUCCGAGUCGAGUGGAAAGACGAGGCUUACGAGAGUUUGGUUCGGCCCACGUCGCUUGAGGCCAGGCCCAUUCUUGCCCGUCGCGUUCUCUUUGAUCCAAGCGAGGCCGAUCCGGCUGCCAUUCCAGCGUUAGAUCGAGAAAACACCACUGUUUUGUCCAUGGCACACCGCGAUGCCCUUGAGCUGCGGCCAUUCGAGCCCAGGUAUUCCUACAUGAAUGCUCUUUGCCGCGAUACCCGCGGCUCCAUCCUGCAGCCGCUCUUCCGCCUCAUCACAGAACGGGCGACACCACUUGCCAUCACCUCCUUCCUCAAGAAAUGGCAUUCUCGCGCCUUGCCGACGCAGGUUGAGCUCAAAAUGGCUCGUGACCGCUUCUUGCAAAGGUCUGAUCGGCAUGUUGCUUUUGCUGAGUCCUCGGCUGCCGUAGAAGGGCCGCAGCUCGCAGGUCCGGUCGCGGUCGUCCCCAUUCCUCUUCCCGAGUACAACCUCGAGUCCGACCUCUGCGUCGAGUUGCCGUACGCGCUCGCGGGCAAUGUGUUGGCGUCGCGACUUGCAGCAGUGUUUACAACAGGCGCGCGCUAUCUCGAGCCCAGCGCUUGCCUCAACUUUGCCAGUCCGUUCGGCGUUCCAAUCUCAGUCGCCAAUCCCAAUUAUGUGAUUUCUCCCAUGCAAUGGGCUGCUGCUGUCGGCACUGGAGCCAUCAUUGAGGCUCUGGCUGAUUUUGGGUGCGAGAUCGAGCCUGAGGUGAAUGCCGUCGUCGCUUCGUUGUCGCCAGAUGACCAAUACUUUCCGUUCUUUGCCGGCGGCCAUUCUUCUGCAUUCGCCCCACUUCCAACAACCAGCGCCCAGCUUCCAACUAACUAUGCCUUCCAUCGUCUGUCCGACCGCGCUAGUCGGUCCAUUUUCGCUGACCUGAGUACUGCGGACGGUGCUCGGGCGAUGGUUCCCAGUCUGCUUCCGGCAUCACCACUGGCCAUUGCUAUUGCAACGCAUAACGCAUCGGCUACCCGUGCUCUGCUUGCGCGAGGCGCUUCGUUGUCGUCCUUGCCGUUGUUUGCCGUGCCCUCCUCGCUGCCAAAUACCAAUCUCGCCCAUUCUGUCGCAGGGCUGUUGGAGAAUUCUGGCGCAGCCGCGGUUGUCAUGCGCCAUUUGGACUCGCGCGGGUGUCCAAUCCCUUCCUUGAGCAACGCUGUUGAUUUUGCCAGCAACUCGUACACGACGCUUGAAUACGUGUACCAGGCCAGAAAGUUUACGCUUCCUCCGGGGCUACCACCAAACGCGCGCGGACUGACGUUCCUGGCCAGCAAGGCGGUGGCGCGCUUGCUGGUUGAUCCCGAAUACUCGCUCCGCAAUGUUCCUCCCAGCUCCACGACGCGCGCCCAAUACCAUCGGCACCUCCGCACACGCAUCUUCCACCAGCACUUUGAUGAGCAUCUCCAAUACGCGCUGGCGACGGUGCCGGAUUUGCAGUGGAAUCUUCUCGCCUUUGGUGUCCCUUCAACAGAGUGGAAAAGCCCCCUGGAGACUUUGAGCCUGCUGGCGCGAGUGGUGGGCAGCCCGCGCGACCUUUGGGGCAGCCUUUCGUACGACAAGCCCUUUGUUGUGCCGACCGGUGCCGAGGCGCUCUCGUCUGCAUCCAACAAGGCCCAGAUCGCAUUCCCCAACGAGAGCGCACCCGAUGCAGUCUCAGACCCACUCACGCGCCCGUCACUGCAGCUGGAUUUCGGCCGCCUGAAAGUCUCAACCGAAAAGAAGUCGGCCCUCAUCGCCCACCGCGACCCGCUCGAUUUGCGCGACCGCGAAGGGUCGUUGGCGCUCCGUCAAACUGCCGCUCGCUUGGCCCGCGUCGCCUCAUUCAUAGAAGCGUACGACGACGCUACGAUCGAUGCGCUGUUCGACGCGCUUCGAAAGAAGAAUUAUCAUAUUCUGGCUCUCGAAGAGUUGCUUUUGCCGCUGGCUGCCAGUUCCCUGACGACACGCCCGCCUCGUUUUAUUAUUGCAGCCGAGUUCCAGUCGAUGGAAGAUGUGUUUCUGCUCAUGUCUGCAGUGACUGGCUUUAUGUGUUCGUAUCUUGCACGCACAAGCCAAGCCGGCAUCACGAUUCUUCGCGCCACACGCUUCACCCCUGCCCGGCUUGUUCAACGCUCCGACCACUCUGAGCGAGCAGACAAGCGUUCGGCCCAUGCGAUCUUUGAGCGGUGCAACCGUCGCUUCAUGGAUGCCAUCAUUUACAGCAUUGACAUCAUCGACGCCCUUUCAGCUUCUAUUGCCUUCUCUGGCAAGGCAGGCGUGCUCGCCACCGAGCUGUCAGGGGCUCUGGCGGAGUGGGACCAAACCGUUGACAUGUUCUUGCAGCAAGCGGAGGAGGACACGAGACCCCCUUGCUUGGCCAAGACGUUGCUCGCUGGGUCAUCGAUUGGCGAGUACCGCAACCACCUGCUUCGCGUUGUUUCGCUGCUUCGGCGGCUCAACGACGACGAGAUGCUGCCCGACUUUUGCCACGUGCCGGCUGACAUUCGCUCUCCCUUCCCCCGGCGAAAUCUUAUCAAGGCGCUAACUGCAACGCUCGAGCGAGCUUCAAUGUACGGGGGGUUGCCGGAAGAUCGCACCGUGCUCGUCCAGGACUAUGUCCGUCUCGUUGCUCACGGCACGCCCGUGCCUAGCAAUGCUGACAUUAAUCGUGUGGUCAGCUCAGUGAGUGUCGGGACGAGUCGCUCCUCCCAACGAGGGUCAACAACAACGACCGACGACGCAGCCGAGGUUGUUGAUCCUGCAAUGCAGGCAAGCUACUUUCAGGCAUUCAUGUCGGGAGGACCCCUCACAACGCCGCUCACAAUGGCUGCCGUCAACAACGACUAUGACGCCGUCGCUGCUAUUCUUCAGUCGUCCUUGCCCGGAGGGCAACGCUUGCGUUCGACGUCCAAGCUGCUGACGCCCCUCCACCUCACAUCUUCGCCACGAGUGGCGCGCUUGUUGGCGACCCAGUUCUAUAUCAACACGCGAACGCCGUUCUGCAACGUCAGCGCCUGCCAAGAUGACGUCUGGAACAUUGAGGAUCUCAUGCAAUCUUCGCGUAGCGGGCACACUCCGUCCGCUGCCAUCGUCAAGGUUCCUGGCCAGCCUCCAUUUGAUGCUGCCUCGUGUCUGUACGGUUCGACUCCACUGCACAUUGCGUGUGCCUUUGGACACUUGGAUCUUGUGCGUACCUUGGUCGACCUUGGGGCGGACUUGCACAUCUUGGACGCUUGGCGCAGAACGCCAUUGGACGUCGCAAAACACCGCCACCACGAGGAAGUGUCAGCGUUCAUCGAAAGUGCGCUUGGUCUGACGCCCAGCGCCUCCAGCAAUGAUCACCAGGACUCGUUGGAGGAUCAACUCUUGCAAUACGUGACAACAAGUGGUGACUUGCCUUGUGUCGACAAUUUGCUGGCACAGCUGCUUGCUCUGACAGCCGACUGUCCCGAUCGGCUUGCCCAGCUGCUUGCGCGCAAAAUUCUCCUCACUCAAGUCCGAGGAGCAGCAGUUCAGCAGCGUAUCCAGAGAUGGCUGCGUGAUGCCACCCCACAGCUUGGCUACGCGCUUCUGGCCGUUGCGUUUGCAUCGCUGUGCGCGCCCCUCGCCGAAUUCGUCCUUCAGCAUCUUCCACCGAGUGCUGAACGCCCAGUCCCGGCACUCUUGUGGCUGCUUCAAAGUGUCUGUCGAGCGCCUGCCGCUGCACAGUGCAGCAUGCUGCCCUUGUUCCGUACCUUGUUAGCUACAAGCACGCUGGAAACCGAACAUUUAGGUCUCCUUUAUCUCGCUUGCAACGGAUCCUUCUUUGAGGCAGUGAUCGAGCUGCAGCCUUCAUCCUUCGAACGAGACGACUUUGAGUCGCGAAAAUUUUAUUUUGCAUAUUGCUUGCAUGCGUGGGAGCUGGUAGGCAUAUCCAUGUUGCUUGACAGCCCUUCGACCAGCGCGGCGAAGCACGCUUUCUCCUGUCUCCAGCGUCAAGCGCCUUCGCGUGCCGUUUUUCGGGACAAGCUAUUCCGAAUGGCUGUGCUCACAGUAUGCUGUCCUGCGAUGCAAUUUGUGAUUGACAUGUACCGCGAGGAUGACGCGCUCUCCUCGAUUGCGGGCGACUUUAUCAAGCACACUGUGGAGACAGCGCAACACCGGGAUCAGUUUUUCAAGGUCGCGAAAGGCGUGGAUUUUCUAACAAAGCCCAUGUCGUAUGGUUCCGCCGAGCUGCCUGAUCGUUUCGUCCCAACUCUUGACUGGAGUGCGCUUUAUGAUUUGGUGAAGGCGUAUGGUGUUGACCUACAACACAAGUGCGCGAUUCUCCCCGAGCUGCUCCCCCCCGAGCUUCGUGCCGACCCUCGUACCGGUACUCCUUUCCGAUGGACAGCCUUGACGCUCGCUCUUGUCUUGAAGGACGACUUGGCGUCCGUGGCCUCGCUUCAUGCGGCAGGAGCUCCUGUCGUGGACAAUGCUCCUGCUGCUGCUCCUGCUGCUGACGGGUCAUCCAUCUCCUUCUCCAUCCCGGUUCCGCUUGGCAGGCUCUGUGAGUCAAGCACCCUUCGGUCUGCUUUGCUGCCCGACCCCGCUCAUCCGGCCAACCACCACCCCCAGUUGUUGACCGACGUUCUUGCAGCUUAUGCUGCUUUACCCGGCGACGAGCACUAUGCGGAUUCGAUUGACUUGAACAAUUUCUUCAAUUUGUUCAACGACACAAUCAUCACUUGGAGUGAUGCCAACACCUUUACGAUUGCAUGCAGCAUUUUCGCCAAAGUCGUGUCCACUUUGCAGACUCCUCUCACUCGUGAGGCGUUUCCGUUUCUGACCCAGCUCUUCCCGCUGGUUUCCCGCAUCACCAGUAACGUGGCGGUCAAACUUCCUGCCGACUUUCUUCUGCUCAACGAAGACUGGUGCAUUCACAAUGAACAUCCGAGUGCUCCACUGCAGCUGUACAAGCUCCGCGAGCUGCUCAAGCUUUUCCGCGUGCUUGGCGCGUCGGCAGCUGACAUGGCCCAGGCCAGCCUCAUCACGGGCGAACAGCUUCUUGGCCAGUUGUACCAAGUCUACCGACCCUUGUCGUAUCUCUGGGCGCUCCUUGACUGGGGCGUUCCCAUUUCGGCUGCCGCGAUUCUCUCUCCCCUGACCAUUCGGUUGCUCUUGUUGACUGAUGAGUCUGUCGACGGUGUUGAUUUGCAUCCUCUAAACCACGCGGUCGAGCGGAACGAGCCGCUGACGGAUGGAUGCCAAUACCGAAUUGUGCAGCAUUUUCUGCAGGUUCUUCGUCUAGAGAAUCAGUUGGCCACUUGGUCUCAGCUUGCCUGGCAAUGGCUCGAGCCUGCUGUCCGGUGUCGGGCGGCGCCUGCCAUCAUCCCGAUGAUUCUGGAUGCGAUUCCGAUCAUUUAUCGUGAGCGUUUGGCGGCGCGCCCACCACCGACCAUUCUCGACUCGCUGGUGUUUUGCGAGCAAGGACCUGAGGUUUUCCGUAUCCUUGUGCAGUUUGCGCCCUCCUUGAAGGGCCUGGUGUUUGCGUCGCUCACCAGAGCGCUCCACCAGCCGACUGUUGUAACUCCCAGCCGGCUGUCUCAUUUGAGUCGCACCGAACUGACGGAUCUCUUUGUGGAAAUGCUGACGACUGCUCGUGGCGCGCGCCAAAUCCUUUCCGAUGAUGAACAGGCGAGCGAGCCGCUGCUCACGACGAGUUUGUUGCGUGGGUUGCCCAAAGUUGCAAAGGCUGUCAUGGCGUUUAGACACGUCAACCGCAGCGAGCUUCACAUGCCCAAUGCACACGUGCUGAUGGACGCUGUAUUGCAGCGCCUGGCGGUCGCGAUGCGCGUCUGUCACCUUAGCAGCGCCGACGACAGUGCCAGCGUCAAUCUAGUCAGCGAGCAGUUUGGCGUGCAAUUUUUGUUCGAAAUUCAAGAGAUUGUCUCAUUGCUAGGGCACCGACAAGGCCCUGUGGCGAUCGGAGCCGAUUCUACCACCCAACGGCGGGCCAUGGACUCGAAUGGCUACUCUUCCUUGAUUCAACGCGUUGUGGCCGAGUUGCAUCCGACCAAUCAGCGGAUUGCGAUGGACCUCGAGUGGGACCGUGGCAUUGAAGCAAUCAACUUGAUUUUCGACGAGUUGCCGUUGCUCGGACCUUCCUUCAUGAAGGACUUGUGCUGGGUCCAGCACCCUGUAGAAGCCAUGCUCCAAAUGGCGUUCGUCCGCAGCGACUUUAUCCAAGUGAUGCUGACGCGGUACUUGUGUUUGGAGCCAAAUCAUCGCACUAUUUCGGGGCAUGAUCUUGGAUACAUGCUGGAGGCUCUGCCGCCUGCUGGGCCCGUCGUGGGUUGCUUCGCCAUGGUCCUCAUCGACCUGCAAAGCUGCAUCCGGUUUGAACAUCGCGCCAGUGACUACGAAUGCAUGACUUGCAUCUCUGUGACAAGCUGGGCCGAUGUGGUUGCGCGCAUGCUCGCUGUUACGCUUUGCGUUGCAUCCCUUCAAGCCGAAGACCUUGAUCUGGAUCCAGGAUUUUACGACGAGCCCGAUCAUGUUGCAAGCAACACACUUGCCAUCCGCCAACUCUGUCAAGCUGUGGCAGUCUCUCGAGCCGAUCUGCUCCGGGCUUGUCAACGAUUCGGCGAGGCUGUCCAUUUUGCGCCCUUCCUCAAGUCGAUUUGAGCUGUGGACUUUGGUUUUUGUGUGUGUUCCUUUGCUUAUUUCACUUGUUCUACCUUUUUUUCUUCUUUUGUAACUCGAUUGGAAAUCUUUGUUAUUGGGCCCCCAUGAAAUACAAAAAACAACGACGACA